UAAAUUAGAGAGGUGUGAUGACACAAUGCGAGUCUCAACUUCCGUGUCUUUACUUCUGUAGUCAUAAAGAAGCUCAUAACUGCUUACGAGUGCAGUACGAGUGAAGGAGGAACAGGCUGAUUAAGACCGUUAAUAUUCACUAGAAGAGUAAGAGAUUUAUUUUAUAUUUAUAAGGAUCAUUUUGGUGUAAAUUCUACACGUGGUGGAUCUUCGAGUGUCGUCUGUCUGAAGGCUGAUGUCACCAUGUUUUAUAGAACGUUGAGAAAUAUUACAGUAACAACAAUCCUCAUGUUACUGACAGGAGUUCAGGCUCAGCACAGUGUAACUUUCUCCUCUCAGAGUCUCUGUGUUGUUAUUGGAUCUACAGUAAAAAUCCCCUGUACAUUUACACCUGAUCACUCCAGAGUCACAGAGAGACAGUGGUAUCGAGUCCAGAGCUCUGAAGGAGAACCACAAGACCUGAGAAAAGAUCCAGAAUAUUCAGGACGUGUGUCUGUAAACACCUGGGGGUCUGACUGUAGUCUGACAGUGAGUAAUGUGAGAGUGAGUGACUCUGGAGUUUAUAACUUUAGAUUUAAAACACAGAGCAGUGACUGGAUAUCAGCUUCAUCUGGAGUUCAACUGAAUGUUACAGACUUGCAGGUGAAGGUGGAUCCUAACACUGUAGGACAGAGAGAAGUGAAAGUGACCUGUAGCUCCACCUGCAGACUCGACACACGCCUUUCCACGUGGUACAGGAAUGAACAUCAUAUCAAAUACUCAAAUAACGCCUCCACUGUACUUUACUCCACCAGUCAAUAUGAUGAAGGCAGCUACUCCUGUCAGGUGUAUGGGAGUGAUCACCGCUCUCCUCCAGUGUGUGUACUGGGUAAACAGUGUUGGGGUGUGACUUACACUGCUGAACGUGUGUGUGCUCUGAAAAACACAUCAGUUGAUCUUUCCUGCUCUUAUAAAUAUCCUGCAGGUCACACAGUGAUAAAAUCAGUGUGGUUCAUUAAAGAGCAGGUUAAUGUUGAGCCUGAGGAUGUGAGAGAGGAUGAAGAGUAUCAGGGCCGAGUGCAGUACACACAGAGCUCCCAGAAUGACUGUAGUCUGAGAAUCACUAACCUGAGAGAGAGAGACGCUCAAACAUACAGGUUCAGAUUCCACACUGAUGAUCCUAAAGGAAAAUACACCGGAGAACCUGGAGUCUCUCUGUCUGUCACAGAUCUGAAGGUUACAGUAUCAGACUGUAAUUACAAUCUAAUCGAUCUGAGCUGCAUCACCACCUGCAGUCUGUCUAACAAACCCACUUACAUCUGGUACAAGAACGGACAGCGUGUGUCUGAGUGUAAAUCUGCCUCCUGCUCUGUAGCUGCAGUCGGUGGUGCGGUCAGUUACAGCUGUGCUGUUGAAGGCCAUGACAGUCUCCUCUCUCCUCCAGUGUAUUCCCCUAAAAACACCACAGCAGUGGUUCUUUCCUCUGGAGACACAGUGGAGGGGGAUUCAGUGACUCUGAGCUGUAGCAGUGAUGCAAACCCUCCUGUUCUCACCUACUCCUGGUUUAAACAGAGUUCAGCUGCAGACACACUGCUGAUAACAGACCAGAAUUACAGCAUCAGUAACAUCAGCUCCCAGCACACAGGACUGUACUACUGCACUGCUCACAACCAGCUGGGACACCACAACUCUACACCAACACACCUGGAUGUGUUGUAUUCUCCUAAAAACACCACAGCAGUGGUUCUUUCCUCUGGAGACACAGUGGAGGGGGAUUCAGUGACUCUGAGCUGUAGCAGUGAUGCAAACCCUCCUGUUCUCACCUACUUCUGGUUUAAACAGAGUUCAGCUGCAGACACACUGCUGAUAACAGGCCAGAAUUACAGCAUCAGUAACAUCAGCUCCCAGCACAGAGGACUGUACUACUGCACUGCUCACAACCAGCUGGGACACCACAACUCUACACCAACAUACCUGGAUGUGUUGUAUUCUCCUAAAAACACCACAGCAGUGGUUCUUUCCUCUGGAGACACAGUGGAGGGGGAUUCAGUGACUCUGAGCUGUAGCAGUGAUGCAAACCCUCCUGUUCUCACCUACUCCUGGUUUAAACAGAGUUCAGCUGCAGACACACUGCUGAUAACAGGCCAGAAUUACAGCAUCAGUAACAUCAGCUCCCAGCACAGAGGACUGUACUACUGCACUGCUCACAACCAGCUGGGACACCACAACUCUACACCAACACACCUGGAUGUGUUGUAUUCUCCUAAAAACACCACAGCAGUGGUUCUUUCCUCUGGAGACACAGUGGAGGGGGAUUCAGUGACUCUGAGCUGUAGCAGUGAUGCAAACCCUCCUGUUCUCACCUACUUCUGGUUUAAACAGAGUUCAGCUGCAGACACACUGCUGAUAACAGGCCAGAAUUACAGCAUCAGUGAGAUCAGCUCCCAGCACACAGGACUGUACUACUGCACUGCUCACAACCAGCUGGGACACCACAACUCUACACCAACACACCUGGAUGUGUUCAGGCCUAAGAACAAUGUGUUAACAUUCACCAUGUUGGGACUGUUUGUCUUCUUGGCUUUAACACUCAUCCCAGGAGCUCUGUGGAUAUGGAAGAGGAAGCGGAGCUCAGCUAAUGGCCACAGCAGCACUGGUGAGAGUGGACAGCCUCAGUCUGCAUCAGUGUAUGAAAAUAUCUCAGCCUCAAACCGUAGCAGAAGAGUCUCAGACGAACAGGAUGACGUUCACUACGCCAGUGUUGUUAUUAAAAGCUCCCACACACAGGAAAGGUCUCUGUCCCCGAGACUUCCUGCACACAGCACACAGGAAGAGGAUGUUCAGUACGCUGAAGUGAACGUUAGCAGGAGAACUGCUACUAUCCACCUUGUGGCAGAUGAAGAGGAUGAUGAUACGUCUCAGAUCUACAGCAAGGUCCAGAAAAUCCCCAGACAAAGCAAAAGUUGAGAGAGAUGUGAUCAUACUGUUCUGUAUCUAAACUGAUUAAGAGAAGAGGGGCAGCUUUGGCAUUUCAUCAGUAGCAGUAUUGAUGCUAUAAUAGUGUAUUGUAGUGCUUGUAUGCUGUUUUACCUUAAAAAAUUGUGUAUGCGGGUUGAGAGAAUUUUUUUUUGUCUACGCUUUUCCUUAUAUUUGUCCCAUCAUAUUUUAAUGCUAAAAAAUUUGGUGUUUUCUGUUUGUAGUUCUUUAUAUACUCUUUCUUUAUCUGUUUUUUUGUGAUAAAUAUAAGACUUUUAUUUUGUUAAUUAUUGAGACUUUAUUUAUCAUUUAGAUGACUCUUAAUUUCACCAGUGGUUUUAAAGGCUGUCGUGUCACUAAUGAAGGCACUUAAACAGACACAACACUGUGUGUGGGCAUGUAUACUGUCCAGUUAUAUUCCAUAUAGAUUAUUAUUAGGGUCAUUAUUAAGGGUUUGUUUAUGGUUUGAUGACUUAUCCCAGUACACUGCUUUCUCGAUUCUGAUUGGUCAGAAGGUGCUGAUUCUAUAGUUUCUGCUGUAGCUCAUUUUGUUCUAUUUGUUCUAUUGUGUUAUCGUUUCUGUAUUUUAAAAAACUGUCAGAAUAGAAUGAAUAAUUAGAAUCACUAGUGCCCUCUAUUGGUCCAAAGCUUGAAGUGCCACUAGCCAAAUAGUCUAUUUCUUUUAACUUUAUUCAUUUCCAUUUAACUGAGUUUUAGUCCUUCACAUAUGAUGUCUAUGACAAAAGGGCUUUUAUUUUCCACUUAUCUCUAUGCACUGUAUCUGUAGAACAAGAACUUAAACCAAGAUAGAGGAAAAACAGAAAAGCUUUUUACUUCACAUUCAUUUGUAAUCCAAUGGCAGCUGAUUAACUCCCUCAAUAAACAUUUAAAUUUAAUGAAA